AUGGCACAAGAGAAGAAUACUUCACAGAGGCCGCGCAAGAUGUCGCGUCUUCCUAAGGACUACAAAGUAGAAAAGCGACCACUUUUGCGCCCUCCGAUCACGUCGCAAUAUGCCAAUGCCUCGGCUUCAAAGAUUGUCUAUGUCUCUACCAAAACACCCUUCAUGUCUGCUGUAAAGCGUGUACAGAAGCUACUGGCCCAAGCCGAGAAACGCCUUGCCCAAUCCGCUGCCGACCAAGUCUCCAAGCGACCAAAAUACUCCCACGUCAACGAUGAAAUCAGCGAUAUUGAGCGCAUCGCUAGCACUAUGGCUUCCCAGAAAGAUGAACAGGAUGAAAUUGUGCUCAAGGGUACUGGAAAGGCCAUCGCAAAAGCCAUGAGUCUGGCUCUAUGGUUCCAACAGAGAGCCGAAUACAACGUUCGCAUCGAGACUGGUACCGUCGGUGCCAUCGACGACAUCAUCCCUCCGGAAGGCGAAGAUGAGCAGAUGCAAGAUGAAGGGGAGGAUAUACCUGAAUCACGUAUCCGAUAUGCCAGCACCAUCCAGUUCUUCGUCUCAGCCGCCGCAUGA